AUUGCGCCUCUAAAAACACCGUAAACGACUUUUUAGAUGAUACACCUUGACUAGCAAACGUGUUUCCGAUCGGACACAUUUGACAGAAGGACUUCAUUUAAACAGGGACACAUGCACGCUUUCAAACAUUCUACAUUUUAAGAAGACGAAAUGAGCCUAAAUGUUGUUUUAAUCCACAUUUCAACUCCGGGACGUUCUUAGACGAGUGGGCGUGGAAUAAUUUGUGGUCGUUUGGCGGAAAUCAUCAUGAAGAAGAAACUUGCUCACAGCGUGGAAGUGUCUCCUGGACAGGUGUCCGCCGACUACCAGGUGGGCCAGGUGUCAGGAAGUCUGCUCCAGAAGAACUCUGCCACUUGCGCAACACUUUCAUCCUUGUUCAGCAGCGCCCAGCCCCGCGCCGCGUCGGCCCUCUUCGUACCUGCGCCCCAGCUGCCUCGCCUGGUCAGCCCGGAGGAAGCCCAGGAGGUCCGAGGUCAAGGCCGUCCCCAGCAGAAGAAGCUGCCCAAGAAGAAAUCUGUGGCCGAGCAGAAGCUGGACGACAGGGAGAGCAGCCUGCAGAGCGCUGACGACGGGGAGCCAGGCGCCAGGAAGAGGAAGCGGCAGGCGGCGGGCGCCGAAGAGGCGGAGCAACACUGGGCGGUGAAGAGGCAGAAGCUGCGAGCUCACAAGCAGGAAGAAGCGGUCAAGGCGGAGAGGAGCGUCUUUGUGGGCAACCUGCCGCUCAGCUGCACCAAGAAGACGCUGCGCGGCCUCUUCAAGCAAGACGGCGCCAUCGAGUCCAUACGCUUCCGCUCCAUGGCCCCAGAGGACCCGUCCGUGUCCCGCAAGGUGGCCGCCAUCAAGCGCCAAGCCCACCCGCUGAAGCAGAGCGUCAACGCCUACGUGGUGUUCCAGGACCAAGAUGGCGUCGCCAAGGCCCUGAAGAGAAACGGUGUGGAGUUGGAGAAGGAUGUCUUCAUCCGGGUGGACCGGGUGGGGAGCACCUCGCACGACCACAAACGCUCCGUCUUCGUGGGCAACCUCCCCUUUGACGUGAAAGAGUUGGCCAUGCGGCGCCAUUUUGAGGAGUGCGGCGGCGUGGAGGCGGUGCGUCUGGUGCGGGACAAGAACUCUGGACUGGGCAAAGGAUUUGGUUACGUCCUGUUUGAGAACUCCGACUCGGUCCAACUGGCGCUGAAGCUUGACGGCUCCCAGCUGGAGGGCCGGCGUGUGCGCGUGCAACGCUCGCUGAAGACGCAGACGCAGAAGGGCGGGCCCAGAAGAAGCUUUGAGGGGAAGAAGAGCGGGCCCAGAAGAAGCUUCCCGGGGAAGAAGAGCAGGCCCAGCCAAAACUUCCGAGGCGAGCAAGCCGAGCCCAAGAAGAAGUCGGCCAAGAAAAAAAUGAAGGCAAAAAAGAGCCUUCGCUCGACAGGAAGUGGGCCAACAAAAUAAAAGCCUCACAGUAGAAAUGAAUACUUUAGACUGUUUUUGUCAUGUCCAAAUAUUUUCCACAGAAAAUUUAAACCUUUUGGUAAGUUUUCAUUUUGAAAAACAAUAUUUGUUCAUCUUUAAGGCUUCCCUCUUGUUUUUAUUUUUUUUCAUCUCUGGAUCCACUGAUAGAAAGUUCACUUUUUAUGUUUUAGGCCCUUUUUGUCAAAUAACUUAUUUUGUACAGCAAGAUUGGAUGUUGUACUAUAAUAACAAUAAUAGAUGGAAUCAUGGAUUGAAGUCAUUAUUUAGAAACACGGACAGUUUUAACAAAUCCAAAAUGGGUCCCGCUUUUUUUUUCUUUUUUUUUUUUAACUUUCAACGCUUGAAUCUCCGAGAUCAACUCCAGAUCUAUUUGUUCUGCUCUUAUUUGCAAUAUUUCAUCUAUUUUGAGAAGUCCUUGAACACCCCACAGUUGUCUAAAGAUGAAUGUAACUGUUGGGAGUCAAGUAUUCUUAGUGAUUUAAGACGUGAGCAAGAAAGACUUUAUUCUUUACCAGCCAAUAAAAGACAACAUGAACUUC